AUGUCACCAACUGUCGACCCCGCCAUCCUCCGCGCUCUGGGCCUCGACCCCAACUCCGCCUCCGCCAGCAUCACCUCCCACGGCGGCUCCGGCUUCUCCUCCACUUACAAGCUCCUCACCACCACCCCUGACGGCAACAACAAAAGGGCUUACUUCAUCAAAACCGGCACCGGUUCCGACGCCGCCGCUAUGUUUCUCGGCGAACACCACUCCCUCAAUGCAAUCCAGUCCGCCAUUCCCUCCUUCUGCCCACGGUCUUAUGCCAACGGGAGCAUAUCGUCGAAUCCCAGUCAACACUUUCUCGUAACCGAUUUCCUCGAUCUCCGCUCUAGCGGUGGUCCAACAGGAUCUGGGGAAUCGUUUGCAGCAAAGCUGGCCAAGAUGCACACCACCCCCGCCCCCAUUCCGGAGGGGUACGACAAGCCCAUGUUCGGCUUCCCCGUCCCUACAUACUGCGGGGCGACGGAGCAGGAUAAUACCUGGAAGGAGGACUGGGCGGAGUUUUAUGCUGAUAACCGCUUACGCCAUGUCCUGAAAGAAGGCGAGAGGAAGAAUGGGAAGAACAGAGAGUUGAGCGACGCGGUGGAAACAGUCGCAUCAAAGGUGGUGCCCAGGCUUCUGGGGGAGCAGACGAUAGGGAAAGUGACGCCGGUAUUGGUGCACGGGGAUUUGUGGAGUGGAAAUCAGGGACGGGGUAGGUUUUCUGAGGAAGGGGGUGUUGAGGAGGUGGUCUAUGACCCGGCGGCGGUCUAUGGGCAUUCGGAGUAUGAGCUGGGGAUCAUGAAAAUGUUUGGCGGGUUUGGCGGGGGGUUUUGGAAGGAGUAUGGGGAGUUGGUGCCGAAGCAGGAACCGAAAGAGGAGUGGGAGGAUCGGGUCGCUUUGUAUGAGCUGUAUCACCAUUUGAACCACUAUGCGUUGUUUGGAGGCGGGUAUCGCGGUGGCGCCAUGUCCAUCAUGAAGAAGCUUAUUGCGAAGUAUACGUAG